CGAGCUAAUAGCCAAUUUGCACUCAACGUGCCCACUCGUGGCCUACCACGAGAAACGUCAAAUCCGCCAUCACCUUCUUUCCAGAUCGACAAAAGAAGUCACCGGGUCCUCGAAUGCAUCCUCGAAGAAGACGAAUCGAGUUGCACUGAACAAUCUAGCAGUAUUCAGACUGUGUCUGAGCAACCGCAGAUCGAACCGUCGGCAUCUACUUCGUACGAUUACUCUGCUCCCAAGUACGGUCGAGCUGCGAGCACGAACCACAGUUUGGCUCAGGACUCGUAUCACCACUACCACCAGCUCCAGCCUAUCCAAGAAUCGGACGAGUCGGAUGCCUACGAGCACGACGACUAUAACGAAGUCUGGUACCCAUCCGACCAAUCCCUCUCUUGCGCCGAAGACGGCAAUGGCAAGCGCUCAUCCCGCACCAAGAAAAAUUCGGCAAACCAAUUCGUCGCAUAUGUCCCCCACAUGCUCAUGAAGGGCUCGAACGAGGGGGACGAUGGUGGCCAGCCGUGCUGGGAUGAGGAAAUGAUUACGGUCAUUGUCGACGACUAUCCUUCCAGCGAGGAGGAAGAGUCGGACGAGGCCCUGUUUGUCAAGAAAAAGAGGGCGUUGAGGAAAAGGCAAGAGGAGGAGGAGCACGAGUAUGAUGCGGAUCGCUCGGACGAUGAGGGUGGUGACUAUGUGAUGGGCGUCCAAGUUCUCGAAUCCCACGUCUUGCUCUCGACGUUUUUAGAGAUGGCCCGGGAAAG